UAAUCCCUUACAACUGAAGUACAUUUUGCACUGAAAAGUGAUAACACAUUAACCAACACUAUGAGUAACUACCCUCCUCCUCAAGGCUACCCUCCUCCAGAUCAAAGUUACCCUAAGGAAGGAUACCCGCCACCAGCGUACCCGGCACAAGGUUACCCACCACCUCAACAAGGAGGAUACCCGCCACAAGGGUACCCUCCACCACAAUAUGCUCCUCAGUAUGCCGGGCCGCCCCCACCUCAACAAGAGCAGAAGAAGCAAGUUGGUUUCAUGGAAGGAUGUUUGGCUGCUCUUUGCUGUUGCUGUGUUAUGGAUGCCUGCUUCGAUUUUUAACGGCGUACUACAGUCUCUGAUACCUCAGUAUUGUUGUGAAUUGCAUAACAAACAAUCCUCCUAACCGCGGAAAAAGGAAAAAGAUCUAGGUUAUUUUGUAGUAAAUUGUUUAGAUCUUUCACUUUGAAUUUUUUAGUUGUUUACUCUCGCUUAUUUGUGUGUGAAUUGUCAUAUUCCACAAGGAAGCUUAUUUGUAGCUUAUGUGUAGUUGUGUACCAAACAAGACUAAGAAUAUCCAAUGAGCUAUAUUUCGAAUAUUCUUCGAUUUCUAUUAAAAACUGUGUUACAAA